AUGACACCAGGUGCCUCCUUCCCUUCCACUCUGCUCCACUCCUCAGCUAACUUCUCCCCUAUCCAUAGUCCCCCCCAUCCAUAGUCCCCUCCAAACCCCCAAUAGUCCUCUCAGCCCCGAGCGGCACGGGCAAAUCCACCCUUUUAACCCGCUUGUUCGCCUCGCACCCCGAGACCUUCGGCUUCAGCAUCUCACACACCACCCGCCAACCCCGGAGCGGAGAAACCCCGGGCGUGGAGUACCAUUUCGUCACCCCGGAGACCUUCGAAUCCAUGAUAGCCCGGGAAGCGUUCAUCGAGUACACGCGCUUUAGCGGUAACUACUACGGCACUAGCAUCGACGCUGUCAAGGCUGUUGCCGAGCGGGGGCGCGUGUGCGUGCUGGACAUCGAGAUGGAGGGUGUGAAGCAGGUGAAGCGCACGGGUUUGGGCGCCAAGUUUGUGUUUCUGAAGCCACCGAGUUUGGAGGUGCUCAGGAGUAGGCUUGAAGGCAGGGGCACCGAGACCGAGGAGAGCUUGAGCAAGAGGUUGGAGACGGCGAGGGUGGAGUUGGAGUUUGCCGAGGUGCCUGGUGUGCAUGAUAAGGUUAUUGUGAACAAUGACCUGGAUAAGGCGUAUGAGGAGUUGGAGGGGUAUAUUCUGAGUGUUAUCUCUUAG